UGGGCGGGGUGGCACCUCCCCUUCCUCCUGCGCCUCCCGAGCACCGGCUGGGUCGGAUUGCUUGGGAAGACACUGCGGGGCCCGCCGCCCGCAGCCCUGGCGCGCCCGCCACCGGACGGAGCUUGAUCCGCACCGCCUCCGGCUGCCGCUCCCACCCAUUCGGCAAGAUGUCGGUGAAGGAGGGUGCACAGCGCAAGUGGGCGGCGCUGAAGGAGAAGCUGGGGCCUCAGGACUCUGACCCCACUGAAGCCAACCUGGAGAGCGCAGAGCCAGAGCUGUGCAUCCGGCUGCUGCAGAUGCCCUCUGUGGUCAACUACUCUGGCCUGCGAAAGCGCCUGGAGAGCAGUGAUGGUGGCUGGAUGGUGCAGUUCCUGGAGCAGAGUGGCCUGGACCUGCUGCUAGAGGCACUGGCGCGGCUGUCCGGGCGUGGUGUGGCCCGCAUCUCGGAUGCCCUGCUACAGCUUACCUGUAUCAGCUGCGUGCGUGCCGUCAUGAACUCACAGCAGGGCAUAGAGUACAUUCUCAGCAACCAGGGCUAUGUGCGCCAGCUCUCCCAGGCUCUGGACACGUCCAAUGUGAUGGUCAAGAAGCAGGUGUUUGAGCUGCUGGCUGCCCUGUGCAUCUAUUCACCUGAGGGCCACGCACUGACACUAGAUGCCCUGGACCAUUACAAGACGGUGUGCAGCCAGCAGUACCGCUUCAGCGUCAUCAUGAAUGAGCUCUCCGACAGCGACAACGUGCCCUAUGUGGUCACCCUGCUCAGCGUGAUCAAUGCCAUCAUCCUGGGCCCCGAGGAUCUCCGCACUCGUGCCCAGCUUCGGAGUGAAUUCAUUGGGCUCCAGCUGCUGGACAUUCUGACCCGGCUGCGGGACCUAGAGGAUGCCGACCUGCUGAUCCAGCUAGAGGCCUUUGAGGAGGCCAAAGCUGAAGAUGAGGAGGAGCUGCAACGUGUCUGUGAUGGUGUCAACAUGAACAGCCACCAGGAAGUCUUCGCCUCUCUGUUCCACAAGGUGAGCUGUUCCCCAGCAUCAGCCCAGCUGCUGUCCGUGUUACAAGGCCUCUUACACCUGGAGCCUGCUGGCCGCUCGGGCCAGCUGCUCUGGGAGGCCCUAGAGAACCUGGUGAACCGGGCCGUGCUCCUGGCCAGUGAUGCACAGGCUUGUACCCUGGAGGAAGUGGUGGAGCGACUGCUGUCCAUCAAAGGGCGGCCCCGACCAAGCCCCCUGGACAAGGCCCACAAGGGCGUUCAGGCCAACUUGGGCCAAAGUCGGAGGGACAAGUCCCCCCAAAACACUACUACCCCCAUGGCCAAAAUGGAGGGCCAACAACCAAUUGUGGCUUCUGCCUGCGAGUGUGUGGUCAGCGUCCAGAGCUCCAGUGGUGACACAGCCCCACAGCCAUUAGUCCUUGAGCAGAGGGUGCCUACCCCACCUCUGCCCAGCCCCCCACUCCCAGGCAUGGGGUGCCCACCUCCUCCCCCUCCCCCACUACCUGGAAUAGGCUUCGGCCCCCCUCCACCUCCUCCCCUGCCUGGUAUGUCCAUCCCCUCCAUGGUGGGUGGCGUGGAGGAGAUCAUUGUGGCCCAGGUGGACCACAGCUUGGGCUCAGCCUGGGUCCCCAGUCACCGCCGGGUGAAUCCACCCACACUGCGCAUGAAGAAGUUGAACUGGCAAAAGCUGCCAUCCAACGUGGCACAAGAGCGCAGCUCUAUGUGGGCAGCUCUGAGCAGCCCCUGCACGGAGGGGGUGGAACCUGACUUCUCCAGCAUCGAACAGCUGUUCUCCUUCCCCACCGCCAAGCCCAAGGAGCCCUCUGCUGCCCCAGCGAGGAAGGAGCCGAAGGAGGUCACGUUUUUGGACUCCAAGAAGAGCCUGAACCUCAACAUCUUCCUGAAGCAAUUUAAAUGCUCCAAUGAGGAGGUCACCACCAUGAUCCAGGCUGGGGAUACAACCAAGUUUGAUGUGGAGGUUCUCAAACAGCUCCUGAAGCUCCUUCCAGAGAAACAUGAAAUUGAGAACCUUCGGGCAUUCAAGGAGGAGCGAACCAAGCUGGCCAAUGCUGACCAGUUCUAUGUCCUCCUGCUGGACAUUCCUUGCUACCAGCUGCGGGUGGAGUGCAUGCUGCUGUGCGAGGGCACUGCCGUUGUGCUGGACAUGGUGCGGCCCAAGGCCCAGCUGGUGCUCACCGCCUGUGAGAGCCUGCUCACCAGUCAUCGGCUACCCAUCUUCUGCCAGCUGAUCCUGAAAAUUGGGAACUUUCUCAACUACGGCAGCCACACGGGAGACGCAGAUGGCUUCAAGAUCAGCACGUUGUUGAAACUCACGGAGACCAAGUCCCAGCAGAGCCGUGUGACACUGCUGCACCACGUGCUGGAGGAAGUGGAGAAGAGCCACCCUGACCUCCUACAGCUGCCCCAGGACCUGGAGCCACCCUCCCAAGCUGCUGGGAUCAACUUGGAGAUCAUCCGCUCAGAGGCCAGUGCCAACCUGAAGAAGCUUCUAGAAACAGAGCAGAAGGUGUCCACCUCGGUCCCUGAGGUGCAAGAGCAGUAUUCCAAGCGCCUGCAGGCCAGCAUUGAGGCCUCUCAGGCACUGGACAAGGUGUUUGAGGCCAUUGAGCGGAAGAAGCUGCAGUUGGCUGAUUACCUGUGUGAAGACCCCCAGCAGCUGUCCCUGGAGGACACGUUCAGUACCAUGAAGACCUUCCGUGACCUCUUUACCCGUGCACUGAAGGAGAAUAAGGACCGGAAGGAGCAGAUGGUAAAGGCAGAGAGGAGAAAACAGCAGUUGGCAGAGGAGGAGGCACGGAGGCCAAGGGGCGAGGACGGGAAGCCUGUCAGGAAGGGGCCGGGAAGGCAGGAAGAGGUGUGUGUCAUCGAUGCCCUGCUGGCCGACAUCAGGAAGGGCUUUCAGCUGCGGAAGACAGCCCGUGGUCGAGGCGAUACUGAGGCGGGUAGCAAAGUGACCCCGGCAGACCCCCUGAAGCCCACAGAGCCUGCAGCUGACAACGAUCCUAGACAAGGCCCAGCGUGUGGCACAAGUCACCCUGCCACAGAGCCAGGCCUGGAUGCCACAGCAGCUAGUGAGCCACAGGGCUGGGACCUUGUGGAUGCCAUGACCCCCAGUCCUCUGCCCUCGGAGGAGGGUGGUCCCCCAGCCCUGGAGAGGCGUUCCUCCUGGUAUGUUGAUGCCAGCGACUUCCUGGUCCCCGAGGACACCCUGAAUGCCCAACCCUCCACGGGGACCUGGCCAGUGACUCUGGGAGAUGAUCAGUCCCUGAAGCCUCUUGAGUUCUCCAGCAAUAAGCCCCCUGGGGCCGAGAACUCACACCAGGAUGCUGCGGACCCUGAAGUCUUGUGGGGCAUCCAUCAGGCCAAGGCAGACAGUACAAGUGAGGGACUAGAGGGCACACCUGAGUACAGCCGCGGCGCCCACCUGCCCGACACAGGCCCUGUCAGGGAUGAGGAUGAGGACGACACAGCCCCAGAAUCUGCGCUGGACACGUCUCUGGACAAGUCCCUCUCUGAGGAUGCAGUGACAGAUUCCUCAGGGUCUGGCACCCUCCCCAGGGACCGAGGGCGAGCCUCAAAAGGGGCAAGCAGGGGAAGGAAGAAGCGUCCCACAAGGAACCAGGAAGAAGUUGCCCCUGAUUCUGAUGCUAAUAAAACAAAAAGGUUGUGUGUGAUCCAGUGAGGCCUCAGGCAAAGGACCAAAGCCAAGUGAGCACCCUCAACAGCUCAGCACAGCAGAGGGUGCUGGAUGUGCUGCCUGGAGAGGCUCUUCGGGGCUGGGCUGGGACUGGGCCCCUGAGAAACCCAAACUCUGUGCCUUACCCAGCCAGGUCCUCUGGAGCCUUGGCCAUCGACGGCGGGACCUGGCUUGGCACCUGGACCACCUGCACGCUGAUUGCCUCAUGAUCUGCUUUGCAAACCACCACUCACCCCCUAAAGCAUGCACCACAGGGGUGGGAGGAAGCCUCUGUCUGCGGCCAUAGGGAGAGAGGCACAGCCUCCCCACCCCACCUCCAGGGCUCAGCUGGUUUUAGUUGAGUAGUUUUCUACAUCUAUUCUGCUAUGGCUGAGUUGGGGAUGGUGAGGGCCUGAGGGGAACUGGCCAGUAGUGCUGUGAGUCAAUACCCCUUACCUGUGGAGUCUGGCCCUAUGACACAGUGUGAGACCACAGCCAGGCCUGCUCUCCCUGAAUCCAGACUGGUCGUCUUGUCAACAGAGUUCCUCCCAGGGCCAGCUGCCCCAGGCGGGGAGGGCCAGGGAACAAAAACAGCCUACUUGAGCAAUACAGUGUGAUCACAUUAGCUGCCAUCAGCCUCCUCAGGGUCACCCAGCAAGGGGCAGGGUGCCCCUCCCAGUCUGUUUAUUCCCACCCCCAGGUGUGCACUGCUGAGACUGUGGGCUGCCAGGGACCAAUAAACAGCAACCUGGCCAGCCA